AUGUCAGAUAAGAUCACCAUUUUGUAUGGAUCAGAGACAGGAAAUGCUGAGGAAUACGCCAAGUAUCUAAAGCUCCGACUAAAGAGCUACAACUUGAAACCAACUUUAUCAUCAUUAGAUUCAUUUCCAUUGAAAAAUUUGGUGACAGACACAGAGUAUCUCAUAAUCAUAUGCUCAACCACAGGUCAGGGAGAAUUACCUCGUAACUCGAAAUCAUUCAUGAAAUUCAUCUGUAAAAAGAAGCUUCCAGGCGACCUUUUCCAGCAUUUGAGAUUGACAACUCUAGGUUUGGGCGAUUCGUCGUAUACAAAGUAUAAUUAUGCCAUCAAGAAAAUACACGCUAGAAUGAUACAACUAGGAUGUCAGGAAUUAUCGCCAAGGUGUGAAGCUGAUGAGAUGUCACCAGAAGGAGUGGACGGGUUUUAUCUAGAGUGGGAAACACAACUUCUUGCCGCGUUGUCAAAAUUCUUUCCCAUGUUAACGGAGCCCGACGUUAACACUGUACCUAUACCCGAGUACAAAGUGUCCCUCAAAUCUGCUGCCGAACAGUUGGCGCAAAACUCUUUGUUAACAAAAAUUUAUAACAAUUUGCAAGUUGGAACUGUGAUUUCUAAUGAACGAAUCACCAGUGCUGAUCACUUUCAAGACGUGCGACAUAUAAAAGUAGCCUCCAAAAACUUAAGGUAUAGCCCUGGGGACACGAUAUCGCUUUACCCUUGUAACUUUGAUAUGGAUGUUGACGCUUUGCUCGAGCUGCAGCCGCAAUGGUUGGAAGUGGCCGACAAACCUUUGAAGAUAAGAAAUUUGGUAGAUGAUGAACAGUUUAUAACGUUGCGAAACUUGAUCAAAUACCACUUGGAUAUUAUGUCAAUUCCAAGACGCAGUUUCUUUGCUAUAUUGUGGCAUUUUUGUGAUUCCAGCACUGAAGAUGGACAGAGAGAACAAGAGAAGUUGAAGGAGUUUGGAUCAUUUGCAGACCCUGAAGAACUUUACAAUUACGCAAACAGGCCACGGAGACUGAUAUUAGAAACAUUGUCCGAAUUCAAGAAUAAUCUAAAUAUUCCAGUGUCAUAUAUAUUGGAUUUGAUUCCCUUGAUUAAACCUAGGAUGUUUCUGAUAGCAUCGCGUCCUAGUGAGACAGAGAUAGAGGUGGUUGCUGCUAUAGUGGAGUACAGAACCAUAAUAAGACGCAUCCGUCGAGGACUUUGUACCAGAUGGCUAAAAUCGUUGAAGGCAGAGGAUAAAGUACAUUUGAGUAUUGACAAGUCUUCAUUUAGAGUUACGCAGAGUCCGAUUAUUAUGGUAGCACCGGGAACAGGGAUAGCUCCCAUGAAGUCUUUAGUUGAUGAAUUGUUGCAUCAAAACUCGUUACAGGAGAUGUUUCUCUUUUUUGGUUGUCGUUACGCAGAAAAGGAUCAUCUUAUAAAGUCGUUUUGGGAAAAGUCAAACAAUUUGCAUAUAUACAGCUGUUUUUCUCGAGAUGACAACUCGGAGUAUAAAUACGUUCAGGAUGCUCUCAUUGCAAAAUACAAAUUGAUUGGGGAUUUGUUGUUGAAUCAAGAUGCAAAGAUCUUUGUAUGUGGUUCGAGUGGUAAAAUGCCUAGAGAGGUGAAAUUAACAUUUGUUGAAGUGGUGAAAAAAUAUGGUAACAUAUCGGAAGAAGAUGCAAAAGGUUACAUUACUGAACUUGAAGAUAAUGGGAGAUACAAAGAAGAUGCUUGGUAA